AUGCUCAUGGUGCUGUCGUGUACGGCUCGAUACCUUUUGAGCUUGGCACUGCUCAUACUCGCAGCUACUGCGUACGAUGGACAACCCGAAGGCCACAGUGGCGGUGGCAGCGCGACACCCUCCAACAUAAAUGAAUGCGAAGCGCAUACGAUCAACUACAUCACACACACCUUACCACAGCUUUGCCCAACAAGUACGUGGAGGAGUGCCACUGAUGGUAAAGGCGAUGCCCACGACGAUGGUGAAGCGACUCCUACGGUAUCCAGUCCUAGAUUCAACAGCACUACCACUACUACUACCGAUUCGAAUUCCGGCGGUCCUACUGACCCCGUUGUGUCCUCAACAAACAAUAAUGGAGCGGAACCUACGGAAGCCGCGGCAGAAAAGAGUGGUGACUCUUCAUUCAUGUCAUUUGAAGACUGGAAAGAGAUGAUGCUUCGACAAACAGGUCAGGACCCCCAGGAUCUGCGUUCUCGAAAAGCCACCAGUAGCCAAGGUCGGGUAAGAGAUCCUCCGGACAUGGGCCACUAUGGGCUAGGCGAGGAGGAUGAAAUUUCUCUGGACUUCGAGAAGUAUCUGAAUCAGGAGAAAGCCGAUACACCAUCUUCGGUGGCUCCUUCAACAGAUGAGGCGAGUGGAGUCCAGCCUGGAGAUGCUAUACAAGAUGGCGAGAGGCCAUUCCUGCAUCUCAGCAAAGAUGCUGGGAAGACAUGCAAAGAGCGAUUUUCCUAUUCUUCAUUCGACGCUGGCGCAACGAUUCUCAAAACCGGACGAAGCACGAAGAACGCCAAAGCUAUUUUGGUGGAGAACAAAGACUCAUAUAUGCUAUUGGAGUGUUCCGUGGACAGCAAAUACGUGAUUGUGGAAUUAAGCGACGAUGUCCUCAUUGACACGGUCGUGCUAGCAAAUUUCGAGUUUUUUUCAAGCAUGAUUCGCCAUUUCCGGGUCAGCGUCAGUGACCGAUACCCCGUCAAAUUGGAACGGUGGAGAGACAUUGGGACAUUUGAGGCUCGCAAUUCUCGCGAUGUUCAAGCUUUCCUCAUAGAAAACCCACAGAUAUGGGCGAAAUAUGUGCGUAUUGAGUUCCUCACGCACUACGGAAACGAAUUUUACUGUCCCGUUUCACUUUUGCGUAUACAUGGUUCACGCAUGCUGGAUUCGUGGAAAGACACCGAGACUAUUCGCGAUGAGGAACUACAAAUCGAGGCCGAGGAGUCAGCUAGGGCUGCCAGGUUGGAAAUCGAGACACGGAAAGAAGCAAAUAUUGAAGCCACAAAAGAUUCGUCAGACUUAGAAAAGCCUGAAACUCGUCUGAAUUUCACUCUCUGGGAAAUUUCGCCGACAGUCAUUUUUGGCCAGUUCUGUCUCUAUGACUAUACAAGUACAAACGAGGCUCAGGAUGCCUUCGUCAACAACAACUCCAACGAUGUCUACCAACACCCCUGUCAAUCCCCGACCUAG